UUGUAUGGUGGACAGGAGAGAGAAAAGUCCGGAGUCAGAUUCCUUGUAUGGUCACACAUACUUGGCAUAUAAAGCCGAUUCUGAUUCUGACCUGCAAGCCGAGCGAGUCGAGGCCAGUUGGCUUUCUGCUCAGUGGAAAAUGUCAACACGUGGUUGAAUAGCUAUUACACUAGGAGACCGAGACUUUUCCCCCCCUCCGGUGUUUGUGAACCAAACCAGAGGCAUAAACAAGUUAGGUUAGAUUGUGCGUGAAGGCUUGUUUCUGUUUAUUUCACUGAACCAGGGCGUCUUGUUCUGUUUGAGCACAUCUGUUAAAUUUUGACGUACUCUCUGACCAAUGAACAAACAACCAGUUUAACUGUUAGGUUGCAAUAAAACAUAUUAAAACAUACCUUUUUUAAUUCUCUCUCAUUCUCACAAGUACACUUUGCAGCAUUGGCACGUUUCAGUAAAUACCAAAGCAGGUUAUACACAGUUUUGAAUGCAUUAUAAUUCAGAACUUUCCUUGAACAUAUGUAGUGUAAUAAGAUGACGUUAAAGAAAUUAUUGUUAUUAUUGUAUUGGUUAUGUUCAGUACCAAAGAAGAAAAUGGUUCAAAUAUGCUGUGAGGGUAAAACAUUCAUAUUUAGUAGGUGAUGUUGAAGUUUGCCACGUUUGUCAUCUUUAGCAUGUUAGCAUGCUAAGAUUGGCUCUAAACACAAACUACAGCAGAGGCUGAUGGGAAUGUCAGCAGUUUUGUUGUCUGCUUUUCCGCUGCACCUGAGGAUUGAACCCUGGCAGCAGGGAUGUUUAUAAGCUAAUUUUAUUAUAUUUCAUAAGUGCAAACCAAAUUUCCUUCCGGACGAUAAUGUAUGUAUCUUCACCUGGGUUCACCUGACGUGACGUGACGAGUGUUUGUAUCACUGUGGCAGCAGGUAGCAGUCGGUGUGAUACUUGUGGAAACUUGUGUAAAGUGUAACAGAAUGUACAACGUGGUAACUUCCGCGACGUUUUUCAAAAUAAAUCAUUUUGUUGACUCAGGUUGAAGCUUUCACUAUGAAAUAAUUUUAUUUGACGUACUGAGUCACACUUUCAGUGAUUUAUUAACUACGGUUGAUUUCUCUAAAUGUUCUUUAUGCCAUUUAAUUUACCAAAUACAUUUGAAAACUGAACUCUGCCAAGACUUAUGCAUAUUUAAAUGAGGGUUUUGUUUUUAAUGUAUUUUUAAUUUCCGGUGCCCGUGUUUUUCAAACUCUGGUUAACUUGACAACCCCAUCUCUCGAGGCCACCAGCUGCACAACAGGUAACCGAGGACGAUCUGCGUGCUGCGGCUUCUUCUCUGCUGUCGGUCGGGUGGAAGAGGCGAGCGGGAGGACUAUCUUGAGCGUUCCCUCACUCGGGAGGAUUACAACCAUCUGAGCUGCCCUUUGUUCUCCUGGAAAGGUAAUGAGCUGACCCGAGUUGCACAAGAACUGCCACAUGUGAAGAAAGCUGACCGCGAAGGCCAACGUAAACAGAUGAGGUGUGUGUGAGCAGGAUGGAAGGUGUGUCGGAGUGUGUGUGAGCACAUGGCAUCCGCGGUAUCCCAGCUGCAGUUCGGCCGCCUGCGUGGUCUUCGUGCCAAAGUGCUGCGGCGCUACGAGCACCAGCCCUUCGUGACGUGCCUGUCCGGUCUGUACGGCUGCCGAUGGAGACGCUACGAAAGGAGCUGCACUCAGCCGGGAGGCGCCUGCUGCAACAAGUUGGAAGGCGUCACCUUUGCUCUGCUCGUGGCGGCCUUCUGCUUAACGCUGGUGUUUCUCUACUUCUGGGGUCAAGCAAAGAAUGACUACAAUGACUUUGAUUGGUUUAACUUUGGGAAUCUGGGCUUCUGGUUUCCUUGGUCUGUGGUGCUGCUGGCCAUCGCUGCAAGCUUCUUCACCUACGUCACUGUACUCAUGCUGCUUGCUGUGUGUUUGUUGUCAGAAGGCCAGAAACUCUACUUACACUGGAGUCACAAGAUUGGGAUCCUGGUGAGCCUGACUUUCUCCAUCGUGGCCACCGCCGUCCUGUCUGACCUGUGGAGUAAAGAAUGGAAGACUUUACUGCUUUCCUUCCAGGUGACGGCACCGUAUUUACACGUGGGCGGAGUGUUACUGAUGACGGCGCUGGCCUGGCCAAUCGCUCUGCAUUUCUUUCGCAUGAAGGGCAGAGUAAGCCGAGGUCUGAUCCUUGGGGUGUACCUGAGUAUCCUGUCUGCCCUCUACUUGGUGCCCCUCGGUCUGUAUUCUCCCUGUAUCAAAGAGGAGGGGACCCUGGGGCCCGCACCGGCCGUCAUUGGCCACAGAGGAGCACCCAUGCUUGCUCCAGAAAACACACUGAUGUCGUUUGAGAAGGCUGUGGAAGCAGGAAGUGAAGGCCUGGAGACGGACGUCACAAUAAGCUCUGAUGGGGUCCCCUUCCUGAUGCACGACCACACCCUGCAACGCACCACCAACAUCCACGAGGUCUUCCCCAACCGGACUGACACUCCGGCUGCCAUGUUCACCUGGGACGAACUGGAGAGUCUGAACGCUGGAGUCUGGUUCCUAUCGCACGAUCCGUUCGGUACAGUCGGCUCUCUGGGAGCGGACGACCGACUGCAGGCAGGAAAACAGUCGGUGUGCAGCCUGCGGUCUUUCCUCCAGCUGGCAGCUCAGAAAGACAAACUGGUGAUCUUUGACCUCUACCGUCCACCAAGAGGACAUCCUUACAGAGACACCUGGAUCCAACGCACGCUGGAGGUCAUCCAGAACGAGUCUUCCAUUCACUCGUCGCAGGUGCUGUGGCUGCCGUCAGACCUCCGGACUCUGGUCCAGGAGCUGGAUCCUGAGCUCCAGCAGACAUCGAGCAUCCGGCUCCCCCUAGAGGAGCUCCAGAGGAACCACAUUGUCAAACUGAACCUGCACUACAGCUCCAUGUCCCCUGAGCUCAUCAGUGAGUACGCUGCAGUGAACAUCACCACCAACCUGUAUGUGAUCAGCCAGCCGUGGCUCUACUCUCUGGCCUGGUGCAGCGGCGUCCACUCGGUCACCACGAACGCCCCGCAGCUGCUGAGGACCAUGAGCUCCCCUCUCCUCCUCAUGAGUCCAGAUGAGUACAAGCUGAUGUGGGUUCUCACUGAUCUGCUGUCACUUGUGCUGAUCCUCGUCGUCUUCAUCUUUCACUGGUGGCGAGAGCGAGAACUGGCUUUCUGCUCGGGAAGCAAAGUCGGGCUGGACAACGGCGCUUACAGCAAGUUCAAAACAGAAAUGAGUGACAUAUGGUCGGUCUCCAGUGCAAACUCCCAAGGAGAGAAGACGCUCCACCUGGCGACUGUGACUCAGCACUGACCGUCACAUACAUCACAGAUUUCCCCUUGGGGAUCAAUAAAGUCUGAGAGGAACCAACCUGUAAGAUCUCAGCAAAACACUUUGUUUUCAGAAAAUAAACUGGUGGAAACAUCC